AUGCGGAGCUCGAGUGGAGUCGCCCAGAGCAGAGCUCGUUUGGCGAGCCUCAGCCUGUUGUGCUUGGUGUUGGCACCAGGAGUGAGUGCGCUUGUCGAUAGCUCUGGGUUGAGCAACUAUUCUUUUGCUGAGAACUUUAUGUUCGGUGUAGCGACGGCCGCGUUUCAAAUUGAAGGAGGAUGGAAUACUGGAGAGAAAGGUGAAAGUAUGUGGGACACAUAUUUGCACAAGCAUCCUAAUUUUACAGUAGACGGAUCAAAUGGAGAUAUUGCAGCUGAUUCUUAUCACAAAUAUAAAUUAGACAUAAACAAUGUUAAAUCUCUUGGCGUUAAAUUUUACAGAAUGUCUAUUUCUUGGCCAAGAAUACUUCCCCAAGGAUUCGACAAUGUAAUAAACAAGGAUGGUGUGCGGUACUACCGUACCAUAUUUAAGGAGCUUUUGAAAGAAAAUAUCACUCCAGUUGUAACACUAUUUCACUGGGAUUUGCCUACGCCACUUAUGGAUUUGGGUGGUUGGAGUAAUCCUAAGAUUAUCGAUUACUUCGAAGAUUACGCGAAGACCGCGUUUACGGUUUUCGGUGAUUUAGUUAAAGUAUGGACUACUAUGAAUGAACCUCAUCAACAUUGUUAUAAUGGAUAUGGCAGUAAUAAUUUUGUUCCAGCAAUUAUGUCUAACGGUGUUGGAGAAUACUUGUGCACUCACUAUAUGUUACUUGCACAUUCAAGAGCAUAUCAUCUCUACGAUAAAAAAUUCAGACCUCAUCAGAAAGGAAAAAUUGGCAUCACAUUAGAUGCUUUUUGGGCGGAACCAAAAAAUAAUCGUAAGAUGUCAGAUCGCGAGGCAGCGGAAAGAUAUCUGCAAAUGCAUCUGGGGAUUUUCGCUCAUCCAAUAUAUUCCUUAGAAGGUGACUAUCCAGUACUAGUACGAGAACGUGUCAAUAAUAUAAGUCAGUCUCAGGGUUUCACGAGAUCUCGCUUACCGUAUUUUUCAAACCAUGAGGUCAAUUUACUACGAGGAAGUUCUGACUUUUUCGGUCUGAACCAUUAUACAACAUUCCUUAUGUCAGAUCUGCUUAUGCAAAAGGAUUGGAAAAUUCCUUCGUGGGACCACGAUACAGGUGUAAAGAUGGAACAAAGUCCUAAGUGGCCAAAACCAGGAGCUGCUUGGUUAUCCGUUUAUCCACCUGGAUUCAGGAAAGUUUUGAACUGGAUCACGAAGAACUACGGAACCAGAAUUCCUAUAAUCGUGACAGAAAAUGGCGUGUCCGAUUUCGGCGGGCUAAAUGAUUAUUCCCGUGUUUCGUAUUAUAAUAACUACAUGAAUCAAUUGCUGCUCGCAAUCAAUGAAGAUGGUUGCAAUGUACAAGGGUAUUUCGCUUGGACUCUAAUGGACGACUUUGAGUGGACGGACGGAUAUACCGUCAAAUUUGGACUUUUCCAUGUGGACUUCAAUAGCACAGAAAAAACAAGAAUUCCUAAGCUAUCUGCAUUCAACUUCGCGGAGAUUGUUAGGAAAAGAAGGAAUACAGAAGAGAACAGUCAGCGUUACUUC